UCAAAUGCAGGAAUACAAUUUGCAAUACAGUCGCAUUUGAGUAGCAGUGAAAAACAGGUCCCUUUCCAUAGUUGAGCAGAAGAGAUCAACGCAGUUCAAAUUUAAUUCAAAUUUCUCGCAACCACAUCAGCAAAAUGAAAGUGAGACAAUGGCGUUUUGUGAUGCUUGUCGUAGCAAUGGCUUCACUCAUCGAAGCGAAAAAGUAUAGCUGUGUACCGUCGGGAAACGAAGUCUGUCAAAUGCAUAGCGUUUUCUACGAUCCGGAAAAGUCGCACAAUCACGAAUUUCCCGGAAACCAAACCCACGUCCGAAUUGGUACGGCAGGCUGGUCCAGAAGUAUUGAAUCGGUAGUGCGCACAUUCGAUCUUCAAUUGUACAAACAACUUGGACAACCUGUCUCGGUCGAAAUCAUCAACGCCGGAAUGAAGGAGCUUAUCAUACCGGCAAAAAUUAGGCAUGGCAACUUUGACGACAACCACCUGACAUCAUUUGCUCUAGAAGCCACCGCAGACUCGCCGAAUAUUAUUUAUCUAGAUUUGAGCCGUAAUGCAAUAGUCGAUAUUAAAAAUGUUUCCAACAUGGUGAACUUGGAAACGCUUGUCCUAGUUUCUAAUCAAAUCUUAAACUUGGACGAUAAUCCGCUAGUUAAUCUAAAGAAACUGAAACACCUCUAUCUUAACCACAACGAAUUAACGAGUAUCUCUGGAGAGCACUUCCCCAACAGCUUGAUAACGUUGGGUUUAUAUUCCAAUCACAUCAAAACCAUCAGAGGAGACCUGGAACUUCCGUCGCUGGAAUCUCUCAAUUUAGAGCACAACAUGCUAAGCGAGAUAAACCCAUCCAAAAUGGUCGAAUCCAUGCCUAAAGUGUACGAAAUACUCAUACAUUCAAACAGAUUCCCGCAUGAUAAAGUUCCAGAAUAUGCCAAGGCUUUCAAACGAUUGAACAUCACCGUUUCUUCCGACGCCGAUGACGCCUCCUGUUACUAUAAUAACGUCGAAAUCGAAGGGAUUUGCGUUCAGGAGGGGAACGAUUCCGGCAGAAGCUGGUUCAAGGCUACCCUUUUGACGGUGUUGACCAUCGUUCUGGGAAUCGUCUUUGUCCUGGCCCUCGUAUGGAUCUACCGGGCCAUGAACGAGUAAAGCGACUAUCGGUUUCAUAAAUGUUUGCUGCUAAUGAUUGCUGUAGAAAAAAAACAAGUUUGUAAUGCUACUUUUUGUGUACAGUUGAAUCGAUUCAUGCCUUGAUUACAUUUUAUGUCAGUUCUAAGGAAAAUGUUCAAGCAAAAAAAUAAAUAAAUAUCACUACUUGCGAAACGCUGACUCGGCCUUACGAA